GAAAUUUCGCUGGGUCCCGGCGCGCCGCCCGCUUGCCAGCUGCGCCAACUGCGAUAGUACGAUUUUUAUGGUUCUUUGACAUCGGCUCGUAACUCGAGAAACUCGGAACUCUGUGCAGACAGCACGUGAUGAGGCGGCAUUCUUUUGCUCUUUCACCAAUCGUGCUUUCCACUGCUAUCUCGACACGCCUUAACAAGACGCCUGAAGAGGCUCGUCGAGUGGUGCGGUGGCACGUCACAUUUGAGCACUUGAGCGCUGCUUGAACUACUUGCAGUUUGUGCCUAGUCGUGGCAUUUGCAAGGUCGAGACCGCUGUGCGCUUCGUCUGUACUGCUGCUCUGCGAUGGAACCUAACAAUGGGCAUCGUUGUGUCUACCUCGACUAUAAUGCAACUGCCCCGGUAGAGGAAGAAGUGCAGAAAUCCAUCAUAUAUGCCCUGCAGGUGGCUUGGGGAAAUCCAACAAGCAACCAUGAUGGAGGAACUGAAGCACGCAGGAUAAUAGAUGAAGCUCGUAUUUCAGUUGCGAACAUGAUUGGAGCAUCAUCAUCAGAAAUUGUCUUCACAUCAGGAGGGACAGAGAGCAACAACAUGAUUAUUCAUUCACUUGUGCGUCACUUCAAGAAGACAAGGAGCAGCUUUGCAUCUCUCUCAAACUGCAGAAUUCCUCAUGUUAUCACAAGCAACAUCGAACACAAUUCAAUCGUGCUAACAUUGAAAGACUUGUAUGAAGAUGAGCGCAUAGAUCUCACAAUUGUUCCGGUCUCAAAGGCCACUGGUAGUGUGUCUGCUGAAGAAAUUGUGUCGGCUAUUCGUCCUGAGACUUGCUUCAUCACCAUCAUGCUGGCGAACAAUGAGACUGGGAUAAUUCAGCCAGUUGAGAUUAUUGGGACACUCCUGAAAGCUGUCAACCAGCAAAGAAAGAAAGACAGCCUCCCAGAAGUUCUUUUUCACACGGAUGCUGCGCAAGCACUCGGCAAAGUGGCUGUGAAUGUGGAUGAUCUGAAGGUGGACUAUUUGACCAUUGCAGGGCAUAAGUUCUAUGGACCCAGAACAGGAGCCCUGUACUUUCGAGACUCUAAGCCACUGUAUCCACUCCUGUUUGGUGCAGGACAGGAACGGGGUCUCAGGCCAGGGACGCCCAACACUUGCAUGAUCGCUGGAGUUGGAACGGCAGCAACGCUAGUAGCCAAGAACCUGGGCAUGUAUCAUCAGCUUAUGGAAGACUCGAGAGACUAUUUGGAGGAAAAGCUGAAGGAAACGUUCGGGCCCUUGGUAUCUUUCAACCAUAGAAAAGGAACCCAGGCCCUACCAAACACCUGCAGUGUUUCAUUUGCUGGAAUGAAGGGUCCUGAAAUUUUGGCCAAGGCAAAGUAUGUUCUAGCGAGCACAGGGGCUGCCUGUCACCACACUGCAACCCCUUCAAGAGUGCUGUUGAAUUCUGGAGUCACGGAGGACAAUGCUCGUGGAACACUUCGACUGAGCACAGGGAGGUAUACAACACGUGCUGAUGUGGAUGCUGCUGUCAGGCUGCUUCAAGAUGCAGUAUCAGCAAUACUGAAGGAACACUCUUCUGGGUAGUUGUACUAUCAGCAUAUGUUGAAAACCUCGAGAGGAGGUGCUUGUCGUCAAUACACACUAGACAGGCACUUCUGUAAAUGUCAACGAAAAAAAAAAAAAAUGCUUGUCGUUUUUUAACACAUUGUCUCCAAAAUUGGAAAUUUGCAAUUAUUCCUUAAUGGCUAAUGGAUGUCGAAGUGCAGGAGUUUGCUAAUAAUCAUUUGCCAAGUUUGUGCUUCACUGUGGCAUUUGUGUUAUCUUGCUUGUAUGCCACUGUUUCCAAUUUAUGCUCCACUCCAUGCUCACUUUCUGAUGCCUUCUUUUUGUACUAUUUGAGAACAUUGACUUGAAACCAUCUACAGUAAAACCUCAUUAAUUCGACCUUUGUUAAUUAGGAAAAUCGGUUAAUUCGGACUCGUCCUCUGGUCUCAGCCGGUGUAUGCAUUAUUCAAUGUAAUCAAACUAUCGUUAAUUCGGACUUAUUUGGCCACACAUUGGUAAAUUCGUACAACUUUCGGAGCUCGGUGAGCGAGGAGCGCCGCAAAUGCACUACGCAAAAGAGCAAGAACGGUGCUAGCGUCCAACCAAAACGAAGCAGCGGAGUCCGCAUCGCCAUGGUCAUCAGCUGAAAUCCGCUGACAGCAACACCGGAACGCUUCGUGCCUAUUAUUUAUUUAUUUUUAUUUUUUUAUUUUCUCAUUUGUGUUUUUAAAGCCUGUAUUCUUGCAUUUACAGCCGCGCAUAGCACCGUGUUGGCCGCGGGCUUUCAUAAUUGCAUGAUCGUCAUCCACGAUAGCGGCUGCGGUUUUAUCCGCAGCAGUUGCGGCGUAUUGUAGUUUCCUUUUUACUCGGUAUCAUGUCGGCCGCGUGCCUAAAAAACUGCGUAGUCGCCAUCGAUGAUGACAUAGAUAGAGAAAAAAGGUAAAGGAACGACAGGGAGGUUAACCAGAGAUUAUCUCCAGUUGGCUACCCUGUACCGAGGGUAAAGGGAUGCGACAGAAGAGAGAGAAAAAUAAGUUUAAAAAAAAGGGAAAGAAGAGAAAAUCACACACACACACAUGAAACAGAACUGUUUCUGUGGGCACUGUCAUGCAGUCUGCGAAGGUGUUCUCGUAUUGCGUAGUGUCAACAUUCCAUCCUACGUAACACAGUGUAGUGUCACAAUUUGUCACUGAGUCCGGUGUCUUUUAAGUAACGCAGCAGUGCCUUCAGGGCGGCUCGUGCCGUGGUUUGUGUAGGCCAGUUUCCAAGGAUGUUGUUUUCUGUUAUAGCACUGCUAUGCAAGAAACAACACGCUGCACGCCGUUUUACCUCAUUUACAGCAUAGAUAGAUAGAUAGUGACCGCAGUUUCGUCUGCAGGGCCUGUAUUUUGUAGCGAUGCCUUUCCGAUGCUAAUGCCUUUUCGCGCUUGGUCAGUGGUUAGAGCGACGAUCUGCUCACGUUAUCAUGGCCGUGAGCGGUGGUUGAUAAGACUAGUAUAGAAUAAGGCAUAAGGCAUCCCUACAAAAUACCGGCCCAGUUGCAGCAAAUGGUAGUUUCGUUCAGACUCUGUGCGUGCGUCAGGCGCGUGCUUUGAGCACCGCAAUGUCUCCGUUUAUAAUCGCAUCGAUAGUGGAAGCGGUUACGGCAAACACUUGUUUCGUUUUGACUCGGUGUAAAGCUGUCGAGGUUGAAGAGCACCGGCUACAUCGCGAUUAUGUUUUUGCUAGCUCACUGGUGCAAACAUAAUCGCAAUGUGCGCGCAAUUAUACAAAGCGUGUCGCAAAUGAAGGCGCACGCUGCGGCUGUGCUGCGAAAGUCGCGAGGCCUCGAUCACCGCUGCGAGAGCCAAUGAGUUACGAGAUGACGAGAAUUUCAGCUUCCGCUCUGCUUUUGUAGGGCAAUAGGAGUUGCUCACUCAUUCACUAAAUAAAACCGCGUUGACGUAGUAAGCAUUUGCUUAUUGUUUUCUGGAUACCCUCGAUAAUUCGACAUUCGGUUAAUUCGGACAUUUUUUUCGGCCCCGUGAAAUCUGAAUUAACGAGGUUUUACUGUAGCCCUACUUUAUGUUUGCACUGAAGUUUGUGCUGUCACAGUAUUAAUAUAGUAGUGAGACAUAACUGAGCACUCCUGUCUUCCCAUUUGUUUGUAGUUGCUUGACCACACAAACAGAAAGUGCAUGCUUUCUGAUUUUGACUAUUUUUGUUUUAAAUUUGUUGUUUAAAUUGUUUAAAUUAAAUAUUGUAUACAGAGACGAAAGAGUCCCUUUUCCUAAGUUUGUCUGUCUGGACAGCAGACCAUUUCUUCCAGUCCUGUCAUGUUUGAAAGAAAUGGAAGGUCAUGGUUGAAAAAAAAAAAAAAUGGAAGCUUGUUUUGUUGCAAGAUGUGCCAGAAGCCUGUCACAGGCUGUGAGAUGAUAAAAUGUACUUGCGCUUCUUUAAAGGGCCCCUCACCAAGCCACAUAGAAAAUUUAGGUUAUACGCUGGAAGUUACAUGCCCUCUAGUAAGCGUUCUACCUCAAGAAUUCUUUUAGAUUGGUUCAUAAAUAGCCGAGAUAGAAAUAUUUCUGUGCGCGAGCCCAUGAUUUAAGGAGGCGAGCUUCACCGCCAACAUAGACACUCUCUCCACUUGCCCCUUCUAGGCUCCACAAGCGAAGCUCCUUCCCUGCUUACUCUCAUACCGGAGCUUAAGGAUCGCGUCAUGCAUACGUCACGGGCCCCGUCUUUUUUUUUUCUUUUUCAUCGCUUUCUUGCUGUGCGGCGCACUUACGCUGACGGUGUUGUGUGCGAGUUGUUGUGUUUGUCUCCUUUCGGGCUAUGCACGAUUUUGCACACUGUGCAUGAGAGCACCUGACUAGCGGUAUAAGUCAGUGCAACACGAACACUGAGGCAGACACAAGCAGAUCACAGAGCAUGAUCGCGCGCUGGAACACGGUAGAAAAUGACAGUUUCGUUGUCUGCGCGCACGACUGCACGACGUGGGAACAAGCAGAUGAAACGAAAGUACAUCCCUCUUGCUGCGGUGCGAAGUAAAAUAAAAACAUGCAGACAUUCGGUUUGUGUGUUUUAUUAUUUUUUUAAACUUUAAUUAUCUACUGAAGGAACAGAUUACACAAAUAACAGAUGUCUUGAAUGAUUCUCGGCAUCAUGUGUCACUAUGAGUGACGUCACAGCAUAGACAUGUGCGUAGGCGCACUUGCGCAUGUACGUCGGCCCUCCAGCUUGGAGCGCGGCACCCAUGAGGAGAAGGGCAAACAGCAUUUGGUUUGAAAUUUAAGCUCUUUCUGAGGCAUGUAGAAAUAUAAUACUUAGCAGACAAGAUCGUUAGUGUGAUUGUAUGCAGUGCGCUUGUCAGCUCAACAUGGCCAGACCUGGCGGUGUAUUCUGUAAGAGUCCACCUAGUGGACUGUCCACUUCGGCUAUUGCUAUUGGCUCCAGCGGCACGAGCGAGAAGGAGCCAGCCAGUCUCCUUCUCGCUCGUACCGCUCUUACAGAAUACCUCCCCCCCUGGUGUGGGGCCCUUUAAGUAUAGCUGCUUAAAAGCAGUAAGUGUGAAGUGCCAUAAGUUUGGACGCUUAGAAAAACAUGUUUGCAAGAACAAAAAUUACUAAUGUGUCUGUGUAGAACCACAAAUUCACAUGACAGUUCUUGUGGACCUUGACUUGAUUGAAUUCUGACGAGCCAAAAUUAUUGUGCAGUAUCAUUUCAAUAUACAGGUAGUAUACGAGUCAUAUCACUGUAGUCACUUUCGUCUUCGAUUUUAUGUUUUUGCUUCUCAUAUUGUUUUAAGAAGUAUACAUAAUGCAUUUAUAAGCUACGUUUAUUUCAUGUGCAUCUUGUAGUUCAAGGUGUUUGUUGAAUAAGCUGCUUGUCCUGGAAAUCCUUUUCAGUGGCAAUCCAGCUUAUUGCAUUUAUUUUAUGCUUGUGCUCACCACAUGCUUUUUUUCUGGCUUCUCACAUGACCAGCAUAUAUAUAUAUAUAUAUAUAUAUAUAUAUAUAUAUAUAUAUAUUAGUUUCAUUGUUUUGUUGGUUGUGCAUUUCAACUUUUGUACUUGCAUUUGUUUAGAAAUUUUCAUUUUCUUGUGGGCAGGGAAAUUACGGGUAGUAUGUGUAGUGCUGUUUAUUUUAUGAUUCUGCUCUGUGUUGACUGAAGCUGAGUUCCAGUUUCAGCUUCUUGUUCUUUUCUGAUUUGGUCGCUUUGACAUUUUGUUUUUAUGCACCUGACUGUUAGGUGCUGCAGGUUACCAAGAGUGUUGGUGUUACAGUAUAGUUGUGAUUCAUUAUGGAUGGUGUUAUUGUUGUUUUAUCUCUUUAGUUUCUGAUACAGUUCUGUAGUGCCCUUGCCUUUUUCAUUGCAUAUUAAACAGGUUCGUCAACUGAACCUUGAAAAACAAAGAUAGCACUCUGAAAGAUAAACCAAAUUGAGGUGCAUAAUGCCUAAAAAUUGCCCAGAACAAGCUGAUGCUUAGUCGACAGUAUUUAUAAGAAGUCCUGUCAGUUUGAAUUAAAAAUAUGCUAUGUAGUCAUAUUUCGAUACUCAUUUUCAGAUAAAGAGCCAAAUUUUUAAAGAAAUAUUGAUGAUCAUUGAUAAAAAGGUGGUUACAGUAUGUUGCUGAAAGAAGUGACAAUGAUUAAUGUAAAAGUAUGAAGGCUGCCACAUUGCUGGUUGAGUUCCUGCUCCUAGGCAUGAGCUGCAGUCACCAGCAACAAGACAGAAGUUCAGUGAUACUGAAGGUGAGGGCUGGCGAGCAGAGCAUCAACAGAAAGUAGGGCGAUUACAGUAGCUGCCUUUACGUUUCUAGAUUAUACCAGUUUAAGUCAUCUGUGAAUUUGACCAUGCAAGAAGACUCGUGUAGGCAAGGAUACACUUCACAUUAGAGCACUGCACGGGCCGAUUUUUGCGGCCCGGGCCCGGCCCGGGCCCGUUUUUACAUUGGGCGGCCCGCCCGAGCCCGAUCAAAACAUUUAUGGAGAGACCUGGGCCCGGCACGGGCCCGGAAAUAAUCUACGUUACCCGCCCGGCCCGGCCCGCCACCCCUUUUACUUAAGCCCGAGCCCGGCCCGAGCCCGGCUCGAAACCGGCCCGAACCCGGCCCGAUACCGAAAAAUACAUGUUUUUCAGAGUUGAGAAGCCCGAGAAUAACUCGCAGAAAGCCCGAGCCCGGCCCGGGCCCGCGUCAAAAAACCCGAGCCCGGCCCGGGCCCGGGUCAAAAAGCACACGCCGUGCCCGAGCCCGGCCCGAGCCCGCGAAAAAACUGCUCUACCCGGCCCGGCCCGGGCUUUCGGGUAAGCCCGAGCCCGUGCAGUGCUCUACUUCACAUUACCAUCUUAUCAUAAUAGAAGUAUAAACACCAUCAAGCUGCAUAACGGCAUGGAGAGUUUUGCAAGUGCUUAGUGACCACAAACACAAAUUUACUUAUAAGCAGAACUGGUCUCCUGGUGACAAACAAGCUUGAAGCUGCAAUGUGGUCUUGUCAUUUUUAUUUUUUCCAUAAUUUUUUUAAACUGUGGAAAGCAUGGUGCAUUAGUAUGGAGUUGAACUCAUCGUACUUUAAACUUGCAUAUUUCACGGUUAUGGCUAAUUCAAAACAGUGUUGAAUUUUGUUUGCUCACAGCACUUUCAUUGCAUUAUAUUAUUAUUACUUAACUAAUUUAAAUGUGACCUAAAGCUUUAGGCCAGAUGUUCUAGCCUCUCUGGUGAAGUAGCCUAGCACAGCUUUUGCAGCUGAACAUUAAAAUAAGAAGUGAUAUACAGCUUAUGAAAGUCAAAGUAUUGGUGUUGGGGGAAGGUUUGUAUUGUGUUGCUGAAGAACCUGACUGUGGCUGUUGGAGAAUAUGUGAUGACAUUGCCAUGAAAACCCUGUUGUGCAGUUUUCACUUGGUUUGUGUGCAUGUACCUGAUUUUACGUAAACUAGGCUGCUUUAGAACUGUAGAAAUAUGCUUUGUAUAUUGGCAUAAGAAAUUUUGUUAGAAUAUAUCUUAUUCAAGUUCAGAUAAUUCAUACCUGUGCAAAUUCAUACAAGAAUUAGCACUCCCAAAACAUUUUAAUUAAUGAAACUCAACACUGUUCGUGCUGUGCUUGGUCUAGUUGAAAUUGAGAAAAAUCGAGCUCUGUGAAUCUGUUCUAGGAGUCGUCUUUGCUUAUACUGUUAUUGCUCUUCACGAAAUGAAUAUAAUAAAGAGUAUGGCUUGACUAA